CAAUCAGAAAGUAUUUGUUGUCAAGUGUGAACAGUCACAAUAAUUGUAAUUUAUAUAUUUCUUAUAAAGUAUAAAGGAAAAAAAAAUAGUAAAAUAGCCGAAAAAUGUGUGAUGUACAGGAGGUGAUGAACGACCUAUGCCAGACUUUAAAGAGGUCCAAGGAUUUACGACGAGAGGAGAUGGUCAAGUUACUGAAUCAAGUGCGUUGCUGUGAAUGUGGUCACAGGACCCGUAUGGAAAAAGCCCAAGACUAUACGGGAGUAUCCUCGGAGAGAAGUUCAUCGAAAAUAAGUAUUCUGCUGUGGUUGUGCAUUAUUUUAAUGCUGUUGUUCAUUUUCUAUUUGAUAUAUGUGGCACGACGUUAUAACCAUAUGAGGGCCUAUGGCAGUGGUGCAUGUGGCUCGACCUUCUUUUACACAUUCACAGAUUGUGAUGUGUUCUUUUAAGGAUUAUUAUCAAUAUAUAUGAAUUUAUGUAUUUAUGCA